ACUUCCUAUUUCCGGCCCGUGGACACAAGGCUGAGGGGCGGGGCUUGGGCGUGAGAGUUUUGAGUUCGAGCAGUGAAAUUUUGCGGCUCUGGUGCAGAGGCGAGCAGGUCAAAACCAGCUAGUGACUAAGGAUGAGUCUCCAGUGGACUGCGGUUGCUACCUUCCUCUAUGCAGAGGUCUUUGCUGUGCUGCUGCUCUGCAUUCCUUUUAUUUCUCCCAAAAGAUGGCAGAAGAUCUUUAAGUCCCGCCUGGUGCAACUGGUGGUGAGCUAUGGCAACACCUUCUUUGUGGUUCUCAUUGUUAUCCUGGUGCUGCUUCUCAUUGAUGCUGUGCGGGAGAUCAGGAAAUACGAUGACGUGACAGAGAAGGUGAACCUGCAGAAUAACCCUGGGGCCAUGGAACACUUCCACAUGAAGUUGUUCCGAGCCCAGAGAAACCUCCACAUCGCUGGCUUCUGUCUGCUGCUGUCUUUCCUACUCAGACGCCUGGUGACUCUUAUCUCCCAGCAGGCCACACUGUUGGCCUCCAAUGAAGCCUUCAAAAAACAGGCUGAGGGUGCCAGUGAAGCUGCCAAGAAAUACAUAGAAGAAAAUGACAAGCUGAAGAAGGAAGCUGGCAUCGAUGGUGGUAAAUUGGACCUGAACGAUGAUGUGCUAGUGGAGAACAAAAACCUGAAGGCUGAGCUCAAGAAACUCACGGAGGAGCUGGCCAUCAGCAAGCGAAACCUGGAGAGAGCAGAACAUGAGGCUCUGGCCAUGCGCAAGCAGUCGGAAGGGCUGACCAAGGAGUAUGACCGUCUGCUGGAGGAGCAUUCUCGCCUCCAGGCUGCAGUGGAUGGGCCGACAGACAAGAAAGAGGAGUGAGGGAUUGGCUCUUCCUCCUUCCAUUCCUCCCCAUCACAAGCAGCUGGGUCACGUUGGAAAGCUGGGAACCUCAAGCAAUGCUCCCUGCCCUCCAUGUACCCCAAGCUCCAUAUACCCCACAUAUACACAGCUGCUUUUUCACUUUUGCUCAGCUUGUAAAUAAACUUUGACCAACUUUGACCACUGAACUUCCUCAUGCUUGCCUUAUCUAGAGGGCAACCCCAGCGAUUGGAGGUGGGGGCAGAGCCCUUUCUCUUUAGUCCCCCUUGCUCUCCCUACCCCUCAUCUCUUCCAAAAAACAAAAGGGAUUUGGUUGAGUUCUUUGGGGUGGUGGCUGUUUGAAGAGCCCUCUGCUUUUUUCUUGAGAUGAGGAAUAUUGUGUUCUAGUUCCCAGCUUCUCUUGGAGAAAUAAAAUUUGUUAAUCAAAGCUA